UAUACGAUUGAGAGGGUGCAUGUUGUUUUGACGCUGUGUCAAUCGAUCGGCAUAUCGAAGGUCAAUCCAAUACUCCAACUAAUAAAUUUUAAGACAGUAAAUACCUACGAAAUAGGCAUUUGUUUUAACAAGCGAAGCUGUUAGGAAAGGUUUGUGUCUAGCUUAUUCAGAAUUUAAAUUCCGAUAGUCACUCAUACUUUUUCAAAUAAGAUGGAUUCUACGUUUUUGUUGAAAUUUCUGUGGAUAUUCUUCACUUUCAUCUCUGUGCGUGGAAGUAGGCUUGAAAUGAGCUUGAACAAUGAUGAAGUGCCUCGAGGUGAAACAGCCUCCAUGAUUCACACUAAUGAAGAAGUUCCAGGACAGGGGAUUAUUAUCAAACCUCCAAAACCUUUAGAACUAAUGUGUAACACAACUGAAGACUUGACUUUAGUUGUAACUUGGUACAAGGAUGGAUCCAUUUUGGAUAGUGACGAUGAUGAUAGGAUCAAGAUUUUCUCAGAAAACAACUCCAUGAUUGUGAAAACAACUACUGAAAAUGAUACUGGAGAAUACACAUGUAUUGUGACAGCCGCCAAUAUUAAUGCUACUAUAAUAGUUCGCACUCGUACAGAGUUUGUAGAAGUAUUUCAUAGUUCAUUGAACCUUCUUCAGGGAGACAAGUUAGUCUUACCAUGUAAUGUGAAAGGAAUCCCAGCACCAAUAGUCACUUGGUUGAAAGAUGGGAAUUCUCUGAAUACUUCAGACGUACGUAUUAAGUUUGAAGCUAAUGACAGAGGAGUUCCUAAUGCCAAACUUAUCAUAGAACAAUUGGACUAUGAUGAUCGAGCUCACUACACCUGUGAAGCAACGAAUGGAGUGAACAAUGUUACAACCACCAUCCUGGUCAGAGUUAAAGACAAGCUUGGAGCACUUUGGCCAUUUUUGGGAAUUUGUGCAGAGGUGGCUGUUUUAUGUGCUAUCAUCUUUGUAUAUGAAAAGAAGCGCGAAAGAUUGGAAUUCAACGAGUCAGAUACAGACCAAAAUAUUGAGAACAAAAACCUUCCUGACCACGGAGAAGGCAAGGAAAUACGUCAGCGAAAGUAAGGUUUACAGAUAGACAUCUUCUGAAAUUCCUUUCCUGUAACCAUACCUUAGGCAGCUCAUCUUUUUAUUUGUAAAAACAAGUUAGAUUGUUUCACAUAUAGUGUAUAGUUAAAAUCACUUAUAUUCCCUUUUUUGUAGUGUAUUUAUUUUAUAUUUAAUAUUUCCAUUUUAGUUUAAGAGAUCUCUAAAUAUAAACUGGACCAAUGUUUUCCCUUUCCUAGGGGCACUGAGCUAGAUUUAGAAAAAGUGUACUGAACGUGAUAUUUAAUGUGACAAUUGUAAAUGUAUCAAAUGUUAUUCUACUUUAUUAUUAUGAAACUUCACUGUAUCUUAAGAAGAACUGUGUUACUUUGUGGAAAACAAGUUUCAAGAAUUAUAGUACAAAAGCCUUGUAUUCAUGAGUAGUUUGGAUGUCAACUACAGUGUGUGUAAAUAGAAAUGUGAAGAUUUCUCAUGUCUGCAUUGUGUAAUGAAAUAAAAAAUCUCCGUAAAGAACUGAUCUAUAUGAUAGUAGUUAUAUGAAGAAUUUUAUUAUUUACUGUCUUACUAGAUUUUUAAAAAAAUGUGACAUAUUUAAGGAGUAAAGAAUCCAUGAGUAAUUUAGUUAUAAUAGUAAUAAAGGAGCACACACAUACACACAAGAUGAGUGUCGAAAUACAUUAAAACUUUUUAUGACACUUAUCUACUUAAGUGUUCAAGAAAUGGACGAUGUCUGUGUAAAAACCAAAUACAAGUAAAAUAGGUAAUUAUAGAAAAUUUCUU